AUGAAUUCCUCGGCUCAGUCACGGAUGCUGCUUUUCUAUUUCAUUUUUGUUUUUUUGCAUUGUAGCUCAUAUGGAGCUAUUAUAAUUUCUAGACCAGCAUACACGAGUACUACCAUUUUGACGCAACCUCAACCUAUGACUACUUCUUACAUAUAUUCACCGGCUUCUUAUGUUUAUUCGUAUCCACUGCUUUACUCAUAUCCAACGGUCGCCUAUUUAUAUCAAUAA